CGGGCGGGGCGAGGCGGGGCCGGCAGCGCGGCGCUGUGGCCGCGGCCCGCGGGGCCAUGGCGGCGGGGCUGGAGGAGGCCUUCGGGGCGGCGGGGGAGUUCGGCGGCGCGCAGCGGCGCCUCACCGCCUUCCUCGUGCUGCUGCAGGUAUACGUGGCUUGUCAGUCAAUGCUUAUCGUGCUUGUGGGAGCCAUGCCUGAGUAUCGUAUAGACCAAGAAGGAAUUCCAGCGAGCAAAGCUGAGCUUGCCAAGCAUAUCCAUUUCAUGAGCAACUUCACAUCUAUCGUAACCGAGUGGUAUCUAAUUGAACAAGAAGCCUACAAAGUGAGCCUUGCAUCAUCCCUAUUUUUUGCUGGAUUGCUUAUUGGAAACAUCACGUUUGGCCCUUUGUCAGAUAAACUGGGCAGGAAACCAGUGUAUAUUUCAGGUCUAUUUUUUGAUGUCCUUUUUGGGUAUGUUACAGCAUUAGCUCCAAAUUAUGGCGUAUUUGCAGUUUCACGUUUCUUUGUUGGAAUUGUGAAUGGUGGAAUGGCUCUUGUGUCUUUUGUCCUAACACAGGAAUAUGUAGGAAAAUCAUUUUGGUCAUUUACAGGUUCAUUAACUAAUUUGACGUUUGCGGUUGGCAUUGCUGUUUAUGCUUUACUGGGUUACUGUGUAAGAGAGUGGCGUCACCUGGCAUUGGUAUCAAAUACUCCAGGAGUCAUCUUCCUUCUUCUUUCGUUUAUGCUGCCAGAAUCACCACGAUGGCUGUAUUCCCAAGGGAAAACUGCAGAAGCUGAAGAUGUGAUGCAAUAUAUUGCCCUUGGUAAUGGAAAAGAAAGAUUAAAUCUAAAAUUAAAACCAAGUGCAGGAACUUCACGAAAGGAUGAAUCACCACCUGGUAUACUAAACUUAGUAAAACACCCAGUCCUUCGGUGGCGAACCAUCAUACUUAUGUACAUCUGGUAUGUCUGCAGCUUGGUAUACUAUGGGCUAACUUUAAAUGCUGGUGAAUUAGGAGGAAAUCUUUAUUUAAAUGUGGCUCUUUAUGGUCUUGUGGAAGUUCCAGCUUUUCCACUCUGCAUGUUCUUUAUUGAGAAACCUUGGUCUGGAAGACGUAAAACUAUGAUGUGCUUUCUGAUAUUUGCAGGAUUUGCCUGUAUGUUUACCAUGUUUUUACCAAAAAACUCUGCAGAAAGAAAUUCAGCUCUGAGCAUGAUGAAGAUGAGUCACUUCCGUGGAUGCAGUUUACUCCUCAGUCCCACUUUGUUAGCCUUGUGUGGAAAAAUGAUGGUCAGUGCUGCUUUCAACAUUGUAUAUAUUUAUACAUCUGAACUCUACCCAACAGUGCUGAGAAAUGCUGGCUUGGGUGUCUGUUCCAUGUCUUGCAGAUUUGGAGGCAUUCUGGCUCCAUUUGUGCCAUCUAUGAAAUCUCUCAGCCCUUCUGUACCAUUGGUGGUGUUUGGAAUCAGUGGGCUGUCAGCAGGAUUCCUGACUCUCCUUCUGCCAGAAACACUGAAUAAGCCAAUUGCAGAGAGCAUUGAAGAUCUUCAGAGUCCCAAAUACAGAGUGCUUAUAAAUGAAAAGGCAAACCAGCUGGAAGAAAGCACUUAAGUUUCAGAAUGUCUCUCUGUGCUGAAAAAAUGAAGCCUCCAUUGAGAAGGUGCUGUAACAGCUGAAGGGCAGAGUCUUGCUGUAUAUAUCGGAGUUGAAAAUUUGGAGGACUUAUGUAUAAUGCUGUUUAUAGCAUGCUGAACAGUUUUAUGUGAAGGCAAGUUGAGAAGAUGGAAAAAGUUGAUCAAAGCUUGUGAGGAAAGAAGUGACAAAUCAGUGCUUUAAUGUAAUGACUUAACAAAACCAUACUUUGGAUGUUUGGACUUCUCUGUGGCUUCUUAAAAUGAAGAAUUCAAAUAAUUUAUGUUACAAAAUAUAACUGUUAGCUUCAGAUAAUAAAAUGUUGCAAC